AUGGUGGGCCACCUGAGACAGCGAUGCCGGCCGAACGUGGCUCAUCUGGUCUUGGGUGCCUUUGCCGUGGUCGCUGCCCUGGCUUCGCCGGUGAGGGCCACGGAUGGAUUCUUAUUGCCCGCCCAUAUUACAGCGCCUCCUGCGCAGCUAUCAGAUGUACAUGCAGCAAUCGUCACCGAGGCUGCGACCAUGGACGCACAAGAGCUGCGUGUGCGACACGAGUCCAAGCACAUGCACAGGAGGGAGGACAAGGAGGACGCGGAAGAGGACGGAGAGACCAAUGCUGGCAAUGAGAAAAAGACGAGCGAAGGCACGGAGAGCGACGAAAAAGCCAAAAGGGCCGACGACGGAGAGGACGAGGAUGACAAGGAUACAAAACCAGUGGCACCUACGAAGAUCGUGUCGGCGGACCUUGAUGAUAUCGCGACGCGCUCCUUGUCGGUUGCUACCACGGCGUCACCAACAUCCAUCGACCCUGAUUCGCCUCUGCCGACACCUUUUGACGGAACGGCCGCAUCGGAAUUCAGAACUGCCGACGGCGACAACAGCUGCCCGGACUAUAUCAGCCGACUACUCAGUAGCCCGACAUUCAACGAUUGCUUUCCCUUGUCGAUGCUGGUGACGAAAUCGGACAGCUUCUUUGAGGCUCGGCGUCAACUGACCAGCAUGGUCCGCGUCCUUGAUGCUUCCUGUGGCGCCGACGUGGACUCGUGCGGCGCCUUUAUGAACACUGCCGCCCGCAACUUAACCGCCAAGGAGAACUGUCAGGAGGAGUAUAAACAGGGAGUCACGGUCGUCACUGACGCCUACUACGGCCUCAUCAACUACAAGGUCAUGUACGCUGCUACGUGCCUCGAAGACCCGGACACCGACCAGUACUGCUAUGCGGGCGCCCUCACAAACCACACGAACACCUCUGACCGCUAUCUUUAUUCUCUACCAUACAAUCUAUCAUUGCCAGCUUCCUCGAACCCUACCUGCAGUUGGUGCAAUCAGGAGACCCUCAACAUCUUCCACACGGCAGCAGCAGAUCGCAGCCUACCCAUCUCCGAAACGUACGAAGAGGCCGCGCGGAUCGUCAACAAUCUUUGUGACCCUGAUUGGGUCAACGGCACGUUGCCUGAAGCCGCGCUUGCUGGCCACGCGGCUCUGCCCCCUCUCGCCAUGCUCGGCCUGGGUAUGCUCUUGCUGAUUUGA